UGUCAUUUUCCCUUCACCUGUCAAAUUAAACGUCAAAACAAAACCUCUUCAAAAUCGAUGAUAAAAAUUGUUUAAUAAUGUGAUAAUUGUCAGGAGGGUCAAAGUUUUAUUUGGUGACAAUGUUGGACGGGAAAAAGUUGUAUCAAUCUUUGAGCGUUUUCGGGUCAUUGAGCCUUGCCCUGACAAUACCCUGGAUUGUCUUCAAAGUUUGCAGGGCCGUUUGUUUGAAACGGAAUUAUCACGCAUUGAUGAGAAAGGUGGUCGUGAUAACGGGGGCCAGUUCAGGCCUGGGCGAAGCCCUAGCUCACGAGUUUUACAAACAAGGGUGUCAGGUGGUUUUAUGUGCAAGGCGUCGCCAAGAACUGGAACGCGUCCGUUCCGAUUUAUUGAGGACACACCCCACUGUACCCACCAUACCCCCCAUAAUCCAGCCCCUUGAUUUGAGUGACAUCAAUUCGUUACCCAGCCACGUUGAGAAAAUCCUGGCCAUUACGGGCCGGAUUGAUAUUUUGAUAAAUAACGGGGGGGUGUCUCACAGGGGCUCUGUGAUCGCGACGCAGCCCGAUGUUGAUAUUAAAAUAAUGUUAGUGAAUUAUUUUGGGGCUGUUGCUUUGACUAAAGCUGUGUUGCCGAACAUGAUCAAAAAUCAGUCGGGACAAGUGGUUUUUGUGAGUUCGAUUCAAGGCCUGGUGGCUUUGCCUGAACGUUCGGCUUAUUGUGCCUCUAAACACGCGCUACAAGCCUUCAGUGAUAGUCUUAGGGCUGAAGUGGCAGCUCAUAACAUAUCAGUCACUGUUGUAAGUCCUGGCUACAUCAAGACGGAACUUUCCCGGAAUGCUUUAACCGGAAGUGGGGCAAAACAUGGAGAAAUGGACAAAACCACCGAAUCCGGUUAUUUACCGGAAUAUGUGGCGUCCGAAAUUGGCCGCGCUGUGGUCCAGAAGAAGAAGGAAAUAGUCGUUUGUACGUUCUUGCCUCGAAUUGCGAUUUUCCUGCGAAAGUACUUACCUUCAGUGUACUUUUCUGUAAUGGUGAAACGGGCAAAGAAAGCUCAACUUAAAUAAAUCUCAACUGUGUUUUA